UCAUCCAUGAUGAAGCUCUUUGUUUUCCUUGUGUGUGUUGCUGUUGUAAGCUGUGCCCCCGUGGAGCCAGAAGCAGAGGCAGACGCUGAAGAAAAGAGGUUCAUUGACAUUAUUAUUGGAGGAAAAAGAGACGCUGAAGAAAAGAGAUGGCUUGAUAUUGUUAUUGGAAGAAAAAGGGACGCUGAAGAAACCGAGGAGUUGGAAAAAAGGGAAGCUGAUGAAAAGAGGUUGAUUGACAUAAUUUUUGGAGGAAAAAGGGACGUUGAAACCAGACAAAUCAAAGUCUGUGUAGGUAAUUUCUGCGUCCCGAUCGGGUGAAGAUGUUCCCAACCAGUUCAGAGUGUGAGAUCAGAAGAUAGCAUGCUGUGUUACAAGAUCCAGUACACGACGAAUAAAUAAAACACCUGUUCACAUU